UUUCUGUUCUGUUCGAACGUAAACCUUAUUCUCUGUGAAAAUGACUGGUCGCGGUAAGGGAGGAAAAGGAUUGGGAAAAGGAGGAGCAAAACGCCAUCGCAAAGUGUUGCGUGAUAACAUCCAAGGUAUCACCAAGCCCGCCAUCCGUCGUUUGGCUCGUCGUGGUGGAGUGAAACGUAUCUCAGGAUUGAUUUACGAAGAGACCCGUGGUGUCUUGAAAGUGUUCCUUGAGAACGUGAUCCGUGACGCCGUCACUUACACCGAGCACGCCAAGAGGAAGACCGUCACCGCCAUGGACGUCGUCUAUGCCCUCAAGCGUCAAGGUCGCACCCUUUAUGGUUUCGGCGGUUAAUUUUCCCAUCAUCGUCAUCAACAAAAAACAAUCGCCCCUUUUCAGGGCCACCAAAUAAUUUUACGUUGGAAUUCUUUUUUUUCCAUUCAUUGAAUAUUGACCAAUAUAAUCUUUUAUACAUGUGUACAGGUCUGUGAAGUUGGCUCCGACAUGUCAAAAUUUUUUACUUUUCUAAGUAGUAUUCGUUUGUCCAAGAUAGGUCCACGUUUGUCCAACCAUUAAUUUUUUUGUCCACCAAAAAAAAGUUUCAAAAAAAAAAAAAAAAUUCUAAAAUUUUUUUUUUUUUAAAUUUUGUUUCUAACUUAGUCUAGGAGGGUGGAAUAAAUUUUCUAAUGGGUGGACAAACGAAAUUACAACUUGGACAAACGUCAGAAAUAAUAAAAUCAACAUUCCCACCAAUUGUUUAAACAAUUUUAAUAGUUGACGUCUCACAAAUGUACAUUUUCAACUUUGUUUCUAAAAUACAAAAGGUAACCUU